GCGUCUAUCCUGAUGCACGCCGCUUGACAGGCACCAGCGGCGCGUUCCCGACAGUAGAGAGGGCGCGCCCGUAGACGUUGCUGCUCAGGCUUCAAGAUGGCGGAAGCCCUGACAACUCAAGAGGAGGUGGCGGUGGAGGAGUUUCUGGCUGAGCUGAGAUGUCGGGAACAGUCUCAGAAUGCAGAUCUUGUCAGUCAGAUGACAGCGGUUAAGUUCCUCAUGGCAAGAAAGUUUGAUGUUUCCAGAGCCAUUGACCUCUUCCAAGCUUACAAGAACACCAGAAUAAAGGAAGGCAUCUACAAUAUUAACCCAAAUGAGGAGCCUUUAAGGAGCGAGUUACUCAGUGGGAAAUUCACAGUUCUGCCCGGCCGUGACGCGAAAGGUGCAGCAUUGGCACUUUUUACAGCACGUCUCCAUCGGCCAGACCUCACUACCCAUAAGGCUGUUCUUCAAGCCAUUAUAUAUCAGCUGGACAAGGCCAUUGAGAGUGUUCAGACACAGAGAGAUGGGCUCAUUUUCAUCUAUGAUAUGACUAACUCUACAUAUGGCAACUUUGACUAUGAGCUUUGCGUCAAGAUUUUGAAUCUGCUUAAAGGGGCUUUCCCUGCUCGUCUGAAAUGCGUCUUCAUUGUGUCGUCUCCGCUGUGGUUCCGAGCACCGUUUGCGGUACUCCGUCUGUUUGUGAGAGAGAAACUGAGAGAGAGGGUGUGCACUGUAAAAGCCCACGAACUAGUUAAUCACAUCCCGGUCAGCUCCCUUCCAGAACAUUUGGGUGGCUCGUCACAGUAUAGUCACAUUGCCUGGAUCCAGUCCUGUGUCAACUCCAGCCCCAAUCACCCUAAUAACUCUUCCUACGUCACUGCGGACUGCUUGGGCAGUCUGCUCCGCUCCUACUCCAUGGAGCACGGCCAGAACACCUCAGCUGACCCCUUAACUGCCAAUACUUCAGGGGCCACCCUCUUGGGGGACGGACUGAACUCGAACUGCACCAUACUAGAUGACGGCAACGCCAACCUGCAGAACCACAGGACACCAGGGCACGCGCAUUGGAAUGGCUCUGUGCUGCCAGGGGCCAUUUCGGGGGCCAACGCCAAUGUCGUCAAUGGCCGUGGCCGUCAGCCGCCCCCACAGUCAGACACGCCACCAGACACACCCCUGCAUCAAAAACACACAGCCGGUGCUAUAGUACCAGGAGGAGGAGGGAAUAUGAGUGUGGAAGGAGCAUGUGUAGUCGACAGUAGGCAGGAUGGCAACGGUGCCGAGGACAGCCAUCAGGCUAUGGAGUUUCUGGAAGAGGAAGUGGAUGGGGGAGAUGGCGUUCCACCCCUCCCACUGAAAUCAAGGCCGCCACCCUUCCAUCACAGCCCCACCCCAGAUAUGAGCUGGUUACCGGGAACGACGACAGAAAUGGCUGCGUUGUCCGUGCAUGUGGCUGAGCCGGGCGGAAUGAGCGUGCAGGAUCUGGUGCAGCACGUGAAACGCAAAAAGAAGAAGGGCAUUUAUCAGGAGUACGAGGAGAUCCGCAAGGAACCUCCUGCUGGAACCUUUGACUACUCUAAGAAAGCCUCUAACCAGAUAAAGAAUCGCUACAGUGAUGUCCUUUGCCUUGACCAAUCACGUGUUCGACUCUGUCCACUCAAUGAUGAGGACGACGAGACGUCUGACUACAUCAACGCAAGUUUCAUGGAUGGUUACAAGAGGAGUAAUGCUUACAUCGCUACUCAGGGGCCUUUGCCAAAAACGUUUGGAGACUUUUGGCGAAUGGUGUGGGAGCAAGUGGUUUUAAUCAUUGUUAUGACUACAAGAGUUGUAGAGCGAGGCAGAGUGAAAUGUGGACAGUACUGGCCAUUGGAGGCUGGCCGCACUGAGGAUUAUGGGUACUUUUUGGUGAGAAAUGUCCAUAUUGAGAUGUUUCAGGACUUUAAGCUAUCACACCUGGAGCUCUUUAACACUCAGACAGGGGAAUGUAGGGAAGUGUCACAUUAUCUCUACAUGAGCUGGCCAGAUUUUGGUGUUCCGAAGUCAGCGUCGGCCAUGUUGGAUUUCCGGGCACACGUGAAACAGAGACAAGAGUCCUCAUUACAAACACUGUAUCCCGAUUGGACGGGCCCUCCGGGAGGCCCCCCAGUGGUGGUGCACUGCAGUGCAGGCAUCGGCCGAACAGGCACGUUUUGUACUUUAGACAUUUGUCUCUCCCGUCUUGAGGACAUCGGGACAGUGGACAUUAAGCAGACGGUGCGUCGCAUGCGGACGCAGCGUGCCUUCAGCAUCCAAACCUGGGACCAGUACUACUUCUGCUACAAAGCAGUGAUCGAGUACGCCCAACAGAGCGGCCUGCUGCAGCCCGUGGAGUGGUCCGACACAGAGCUGGAGACCGACAGCGAGUGAAUCAGGAAAAACAGAACUCGCACGAGAGGGCGCAAAAGGCACAGAAGGAAAAGAAGCCGUCUUUUCCCCUCUCAUGGCUACAGGUAGACUCCACUGCCACCUCUUUUCUGCCGAGGAAGAUGCGGAGAUAUAGAAACGAGGAGCGGAGGAUGCUUUUAUCCUGCCACUUUUCAAGCCCUUCUUUUUGCUCUGAUCUGGAUGAGAUCGGAGACUGUGGCUUGGUGUACGAGUUGUAGCAUUUUUUAUAUAUAUAUAUAUAUAUAAAUAUAAAUACUGACUUGCACAUGUGGAAUGACAAACUUGAAAAAUCCAGUUUAUCGUAUUACCUGCUCUCUCUUUUUUUUUUUUUUUUUUUUUUUUUUUUUGCUCAAAGUGUUGUCGAAAUUCAAUAUCAUUCAACUUGGGGUUAAAUUCACACUUUUUAUCAAAGUGUAAGAACAUAAAACUUGAAUAUUCUUUUUUUUCCCUUCUCCGUCAGAUUAAAAUAGCAAUUUAUUUGUGUCUGAACAGGUUCCAACAGUUUUCUUUCUAUUUUUAUUUUUUUUUGUUGAUAUUAUUUGUGUUCUUCAUCGUUAAACUAAUCUACAAGCCAAAGGUAUGGUGUCGAAUGCUUGGAUGUAUCCGUAAUGAUCGUUGUGACUUAAACCCUUGUAUAUCUUGUAACAUACAUUUAUAUAUUGUGCAUAACAACCUUUGAAAAGCCUUGUUUUAAUAUAAUUUUUUUAACUUUCUUCAGAAUUAUAUAUAUAUAUAUAUAUAUAUAUAUAUAUAUAUAUAUAUAUAUAUAUAUAUAUAUAUAUAUAUAUAUAUAUAUAGAAUAAUGUAUAAGUAUAUGUUGGGUUAAAACAAUAUGAAAAGAGGAGGAGGAACACAACUAUGUUAUAUAUGGUAUAUCUUGGUGACUUCUGGAGGUCCUGCAGUUUUGAUUUUCAUCUAACCGUAAUCCAUGAUUAUCCAGCCUUAAUGCAGGGCAUCUAUCAUUUACAGAGCGUCUCAACUGUGAGAUUCUCUUGAAUUCUGGCCCUUAACCUUCAAUCACUGCCUUGCUCCUUCUAAAGUAUGAACUUUGACUCAGCUGGGUUGUUUUUAUUUCUACUUAAAAAAAGAUAUCUCUUUCCACUAUGAGCCCCAAGUUGAAGUAUCCUGAGCCGCACGGACACUAAUUCUGUUACCACGAUUAUCUUAAGUGUUCCGUUCUGAUGUGAAGUGUAGGAGUCAUUUGUUACGAGUGAACUGGGGUCUUCGGCUGUACGACGUGUGGAGUCCUGGGGUCAAAAAGCCUCAGUUUUUGUGCCUUCAAGUUUUCCGUAGCGCAAUGUGUAGUGUCAGGCAACGAGUAGAACAACUGGUCUCACAUGCAUAUAGGGAAUUUAUUUUAAUCUCAGGGGUAUACUUGGUGUUUUCCUGCUCUCAAAAAACGUCAUUUGCCUCUCUGGUAAUUAUUUCCAAAAAAAAAAGGAGAAAAAAAAAGUAUACAAAUUUUAUUUUGAAUUUUAUACAACAUCCUGUAUUGUAUUCUGUUUUUAUUUAUGCCUUUGUAGAACUUCAGCAGUAUUGAAAUUUGAAUGUUGGUACGAAAAAAAUGAACAUACUAUUUUAAACAGAUAAGCUAAAGAAGUCAAACCGCAAAAAACAAAAAAACAAAAGACUGAUCAGUUUGUUUGUUUUUUUUAGUUCAGUGUGGAUUUAUGUUACUCAGCAUUGUGUUUUGGGAGAAAAACAAAUCAGUUAUUUUUCCAGAUGCCUGUAGCAGAACCUUUUUCAUACUCUGUGAACUGUUAAAGGGCCAAGACUGAAACAUACAUGUGACCCAUCAGCACGGCUGCCACUAACAGUUUUUAACUAUUUGCCAAUCAAUAGGACAGAAAGAGGUUUUACAUGUAAGAAAACCAAAAAGAAAAGAAAAAAAAAUACAAGAUAUGAACUUGAAUGUUAUGAUUAGAUAACCACGUUGUCUUUGGGAGAACUUUGGAAUGCUUUCUCCUUGAAAAUCAGUGCUUGUAUGAUGACAGAUGGUAGUGAAUGUGUGAACGUCCCGCUCAUCUAAUGUUUACUUGUUGACUGACUUGUCCAAUGCAGGUGUGCAGAACAUGCUUGACUGUUUUAUACAGCUGAUUCCUGCUUGAUUGAGACUAAGUGGAAGACACACUUGGCUCCGAUUUAUUAAAGCAGUCGGGAAUGCAA